CCACUUCGCUAACUUGUGGCUGUUGUGAUGCGUAUUCCCGUAGAUCCGAGCACCAGCCGGCGCUUCAGCCCCCCCUCCAGCAGCCUGCAGCCCGGCAAGAUGAGCGACGUGAGCCCGGUGGUGGCUGCGCAACAGCAGCAGCAGCAGCAGCAACAGCAGCAGCAGCAACAGCAGCAGCAGCAGCAACAGCAGCAGCAAGAGGCGGCGGCGGCGGCAGCGGCGGCGGCGGCGGCGGCAGCAGCGGCCGCGGUGCCCCGGUUGCGGCCGCCGCACGACAACCGCACCAUGGUGGAGAUCAUCGCUGACCACCCGGCCGAGCUUGUCCGCACCGACAGCCCCAACUUCCUGUGCUCCGUGCUGCCCUCGCACUGGCGCUGCAACAAGACCCUGCCCGUGGCCUUCAAGGUGGUAGCCCUCGGAGAGGUACCAGAUGGGACUGUGGUUACUGUCAUGGCGGGUAACGAUGAAAAUUAUUCUGCUGAGCUCCGAAAUGCCUCUGCUGUUAUGAAAAACCAAGUAGCAAGGUUCAACGAUCUGAGAUUUGUGGGCCGGAGUGGACGAGGCAAGAGUUUCACCUUGACCAUAACUGUCUUCACAAAUCCUCCCCAAGUAGCCACCUAUCACAGAGCUAUUAAAGUUACAGUGGAUGGACCCCGGGAACCCAGAAGGCACAGACAGAAGCUUGAUGACUCUAAACCUAGUUUGUUCUCUGACCGCCUCAGUGAUUUAGGGCGCAUUCCUCAUCCCAGUAUGAGAGUAGGUGUCCCGCCUCAGAACCCACGGCCCUCCCUGAACUCUGCACCAAGUCCUUUUAAUCCACAAGGACAGAGUCAGAUUACAGACCCCAGGCAGGCCCAGUCUCCCCCGCCGUGGUCCUACGACCAAUCUUACCCCUCGUACCUGAGCCAGAUGACGUCCCCGUCCAUUCACUCCACCACCCCGCUGUCUUCCACACGGGGCACAGGGCUUCCCGCCAUCACCGACGUGCCCAGGCGCAUUUCAGAUGAUGACACUGCUACCUCUGACUUCUGCCUCUGGCCUUCCACUCUCAGUAAGAAGAGCCAGGCAGGUGCUUCAGAACUGGGCCCUUUUUCAGACCCCAGGCAGUUCCCAAGCAUUUCAUCCCUCACUGAGAGCCGCUUCUCCAACCCACGAAUGCACUAUCCAGCCACCUUUACUUACACCCCGCCAGUCACCUCAGGCAUGUCCCUCGGUAUGUCCGCCACCACUCACUACCACACCUACCUGCCACCACCCUACCCCGGCUCUUCCCAAAGCCAGAGUGGACCCUUCCAGACCAGCAGCACUCCAUAUCUCUACUAUGGCACUUCGUCAGGAUCCUAUCAGUUCCCCAUGGUGCCGGGGGGAGACCGGUCUCCUUCCAGAAUGCUUCCGCCAUGCACCACCACCUCGAAUGGCAGCACGCUAUUAAAUCCAAAUUUGCCUAACCAGAAUGAUGGUGUUGACGCUGAUGGAAGCCACAGCAGUUCCCCAACUGUCUUGAAUUCUAGUGGCAGAAUGGAUGAAUCUGUUUGGCGACCAUAUUGAAAUUCCUCAGCAAUGGCCCAGCGGUAUCUGGGAGCCACGUCCCAAAUGUAUCGAUAUAUACAUAUAUAGAGAGAGUGCAUAUAUAUGUAUAUCAAUUAGCUAUCUACAAAGUGCCUAUUUUUUAGAAGAUUUUUGCAUUCACUCACUCAGUCAUGAUCUUGCAACCAUAAGAGGGUAGAUUUUGAGACGCAAAAGGCCCAAGAAAGACAAUCAUAACCGGGUUUCAGAUUGUUUUCUAUUUAAAAUGUACUUUUACAAACAAAGGAAAAAGAUAUUUUUGUUGCUUUUGUUGUUUGAUCUGUUAUCAUAAAUAACCUGUUCAUAUGCCAAUUCAGAGAGGUGGACUCCAGGUUCAGGAGGAGGAGGAGCAAAGCCACUUCCUCCCUGUGCUUUGAAACCACACGCCCUCCCGGUUGCGCUGUGGAUGGACCAGUGCACGCUGCAGACCCGCUUACAAAGCCGGUCGAGGUGCACGUAAAGGGAGAAGAGGGAGAAUGGACGCUCCCAUGACGGGACGGUCCACUCGGAACAACUGUUCCAAACUUGGCUUUCAGACUUCCGCAAGUACUCAUUGGAACUGUUUGGUUCGGGUUUUUUUUUUCCUACUCUAAGAAAAUGACUUCAAGAAUACUGGUCAGGAUAGAUUUAUUUUACUUUUUUAUACUUUUGUUUUCCUUUUCCCAUUUAACCAAAAAGAAAUCCCAUCCCGCAAGCCCCCCUUCUCCUUUUAUGCAAAACUGAAAAUGGCAAUACCUUAUUAUAGCCAUAACGGUAUAGAUAGUGUUUGCGUUUGGCUGUGUGUUGUUUUCUUUUUUUUUAAAUUAUGAAUAUGUGUAAAAUCUGAGGUAACUUGCUAACGUGAAUGGUCAUAUAACUUUAAAGAUAUAUUUAUAAUUAUUUAAUGACAUUUGGACCCUUGAAACAUUUCUUAGUGUAUUGAUAUGUUGACUUCGGUCUCUAAAAGUGCUCUUUAUUAAAUAACAAAUUUCUUCAGUGGGCUAGAGCCAUAUCUGAAAUAUUGCUAAGCAAUUUCAGUUCAUCCAGGCACAAUGUGAUUUUUGAAAAUACUUCCAUCUCCAAAUAUUUUAGGUGUAGCUUGUUUUUGUGAUGUAUGAAGGAAAUGUUAUGUUUAGUUCUUUCAGAUCUUCCAUUGCCUCUAACAUAGCUUUGCCUUUUAAAGCAAUAAUUAGGGAUUUAAGAAACAACUCUUAGCCCUUUAUCACUUCUGUUGCCCUUUAUCAGCAUUAAAUGCUGCAGUGAUGUGGUUUCCUAAUUUCUUUCACAUAGUGAUGACUCUGUCAUAUUAAAAAAGACAAGCACAAGUGAAUCAUUGAACUGCAGAAAAAUGUUCUGUGGUUUCAUAGUUAAAGCAAAACUCUAAAUCGCCAGGCUUCAUAGUGAAGACAGUCAGCUUAUAGCCACGCAGGUGGCUAAGGGCUCAGUCAUGAUUCACAUGGUACCGGAAAGCAAAAUUGCACCAGGGAUUCUUAACCAACCCGCCUUACCAAAGUCAGUCAGGGGAACCCAAGUCUGCCUUACCCAAAGCCCCACUGACAACUCUCCGCAUAAUUUGCAUUUAAAGGAGCAGAAUUAAAUCAUUGUCUUAUGAGAGCAGGGUCAUCUGAAGUAGCAGGAAGUUCCACAGAGAGCUGAUCUGAGAGAACAGACAGCCUGUGGGGACCCAUGUACAACCUCUGACAUUCAUAUUUCUCACAGUGGAGGGGAACGGGAAGGCUGGCCAUGUGGAAUUGGGCGUCUGCUACUGUGUCUGGAUUUGAGUUAACAACCCUCCUGUAGGAUGCACUGUGACCACUCCUGGCGGCCAUGGGGCAGAUUCUCAAGUAUGAAUCUUAAUCCAAGCCGGGAUCAUUCCAUGACACUGCCAGGCAAAUCCCUGCCCUCCCCCCCACAGGUCAGGGCCCCUUCAUUUGAAUUCUGUGCCCCCCUCAGCAGAACUUUGCGGAGAUGUGCCUCCAGCCCUGAGGCCCUUGCUCUCUAGUCAUUCCCAAGCCCAGCUUUGUAGGCUGCCAAGCAUGGCAGGACACGGCAGUUGGACCUGUGCUUCCUGCCUGGGUGCCUCCCUGGGAAUUCAUCCUGACUCCUCCUAAUAAAAAUUGAGGGCAAAACAAAACAAAACAAAACAAAACACUUUGCCUUCUGAAGGUUGUAUACCAAGUAUGCUUAGAUAAAGAAGCCACUUUUCUAUUGCUUAAGUAAGAUGGAAGUGCUAAUUGAUACUAUUUAUUGUUUGUAUGUGGUAGCUUGAAGCACGCCACUGUCCAUUUAUUUGUAAGUGUAAAAUAUGUGUGUUUGUUUCAGCAGCACUUAAAAAAGCCAGUGUCUGGUUACACAUUUCGAUUUUAAUUAAUUGACAUAAAAAUGUUACCGCCAGUGCCAGCUGUACCCUAUUUAAUAAUAAAGGUACUAUAUUUGUACAUUAUUUUUUAAUGUUAAAAGGGCUUUUUUAAGUUUACAGUACACAUACUAAGUGACGUUAGGGAUGCUUUUGUGUUGAAAUGUUAUUAUAGUGGCUGCAGGCAGCAACCCAGAAACACUUUAGAAGUUUUUUUUCUUGGGAAAAAUUCAAGCACUUCUUCCUUCCACCCUCAUUCCAACCACUCCAACGGGGUAAUUCACAUUUCUCAGAUCAAAUGCUACCCCUUUUUGGCCUGGAGGUUAAAUUUUUCUUUUAUCUUUUUUUUUUUAAAAAAGUCCUUAAUUUGCACUGGGCCAUGUGUAUGAUUUGUGAUUUCAAGACCAAAGCAAAGCCUUACUACUACUACUACUCUAUUUCAGGUUAAAAUAGCACAGUCUUUAGGUAGCAUCAGCGUUGCUGGAGUUAACAGUGUGACCAACACAGCCACUUUUCUGUCUGUUUCAGUUGUCUCACACAUUUUAACCUAUGUCAGAGUUCCAGGACAGGUACCACAGCUUCGGUUUUAGAUUAGUGGAAUGACAUCCCGCCUGGAACUGAGAGACUCAACAGAUCAGCUGUUGUUUGCUCUUUGGACUGUCUUCCGCACCAGGGCCUUUUAAAAAUGAGCCGAGAAAUCCACACCAUUAGAGACCAUCGUUGCAAAUUCAGAGGGGAGGAGAUGUGUGUGCUGGCUGAAAGAGUUCCCUCCAUUCCCAGGACAGGGACUGACUCAGAGUCUAGGUUAAUACAUGGAAACACAAAGCAUUAGCACAAACAAUGAUCAAAUCUAUGAUAUUUGAAAGAACAAUAAUACAUAAAAUAAAUAAAAGACGACUCUUCCAAACCUUGAAUUUGUUGUUCUUAAAAAGAUAAUGCAUUUAAAAAAAUAUUUUCUAUGUGAGAAUUUUUUAGAUGUUUGUUUACUUCAUGUUUACAAAUAACUGUUUGCUUUUUAAUGCAGUACUUUGAAAUAUAUCAGCCAAAACCAUAACUUACAGUAAUUUCUUAGGUAUUCUGAAUAAAAUUCCAUUUUUCUGGAUAUGCUUUACCAUUCUUAGAUUUCUGUGGAACAAAAAUAUUUGUAGCAUUUUGUGUAAAUACAAGCUUUUCAUUUUUAUUUUUUCCAAUUGCUGUUGCCCAAGAUUUGCUUUCCAUGCACAUAUUGUACAAAUUCUGCUUUGUGCCACAGGUCAUGAUUGUGGAUGAGUUUAUUCUUAACUUCAAAGGGACUAUUUGUAUUGUAUGUUGCAACUGUAAAUUGAAUUAUUUGGCAUUUUUCUCAUGAUUGUAAUAUUAAUUUGAAGUUUGAUUUUAAUUUUCAAUAAAAUGGCUUUUUUGGUUUUGU